AUGACUGUACAUCAUCAUUCGCCAUCAUCCUCGUCGACAAGUGGAGGCUCAUCAUCAUCACCACAGACCAGUAGUGCUACUCUUCCAAUUGUAACUGUAACGACCUCAACCCAGAUUAUUCCCAAACACAGAACCUCUCCUCAUCUAGUUUCCAGUACGACCAGUUCGAGUGGAGAAUCGAUACCUCCCAUUGCCGAGCAGCAUCAUGUUUCAACCUCUUCCAUCCACCACACAAUACAUGAACCUUCUCCUUCAACCUCAUCUUUCUUUUUCGUCCUUUGCUUUUGUUAUUCCUUCUUUUGUUCUGGAUUGGCGAUCAGCAUGAUUGGACCAUUAUUACCAUCUUUUGUUUAUCAGAUUAAUAUGUCUCUGUAUAGAGAGGGUGAAAAAGCAAAUAUUUCUCUAGAAGAUUUAGGAGUAUUGUUUCCAAGUAGAGGACUGGGUACAAUGCUCGGAAGUUUACUCGGAGGCUUUCUCAUUAAUUACACAACCAAAGCAUGGUCAAGACAACAACAUGUAUUACCUCUAGUUUUCACAUUAAUUGGAGCAAUUUUAAUGUUUUUUGCAGAAGUGAUUGUGUUGAUUGCAGCACAACCAAAAGUAUUUGCUAUUGUUUAUUUUGUUGUUGGUUUUUCCCAUGGAUUAAUUAACGUGAGUUCAAGUAGUCAUAUCCUUAACAAAUUCCCAAAAGAAAAGGUGACAUUUUACCUUCAGUUAUUGAAUGCAACAUUCGGGUUGGGUGCCGUCUUUGGUCCUUUCAUCUGUGCAUUGACCAAGAAAUAUUAUUCAAAAUCAAUCAGCACUAAUGUUAUGGCUGUAGCUAUUCUUGCAGAAAGCUCGACAACCAAAGCUAUUUUAGCUUUACUCUUAUUGAUAUUUGUCUCAAUUGUCAUGUAUAUCAUUGAAAUUAGGAGAACGAAACCAAUUUCUCAAACCUCUCAACAAAAAGAGUCAACGAGUGUGAGCACUAUGAGUUGGAGAAGCAUCAAAAUCAUCUUGCUAGUAUGCUUAGGAAUAAUUUGUGUGACAGGUUGUGAACAUGGAGUUGGAGGCACACUCUAUUCUUACAUUCAUACCAGACGAUUAACUACAGAAUCUGAAGCAAGUCUCAUUAACUCUUCAUUCUGGUUGUCAUUCACUGUUGGACGAAUUUUGAGUAUUUUCCUUUCUUAUCACAUCAAGUCAUCCUCAAUUCUCACAAUGGAUGUCAUUGGAUCCUUACUGAGCUCUCUCAUUUAUUUGACAUUUUCUAACAACGUUCCUGUUGUUUGGAUAGCUACGAUCUUACUUGGGCUUUCGCUUUCUUCACAAUAUCCAACUCUACUAUCAUUUCCUUCCUCGCAUUUAGAUGUUAAGGUUUCGAGUAUUGUGACUUCAUUAUUUAUUGUUUGUGGCGGUGUUGGGUCGAUGGUUCUUCCCUAUGUUAUGAUUUCCUUAUUUAAAUCCAAUGGACCUGAGAGCAUGUUUUAUGUUUUACUUGUCACCUUUUUAUGUGUUGCAUUUGUAUACUCGUAUUUAAUUCUCGGAUUUAAAAAAAAGCAUAUCGAUCCCUAUAUCACUGGAAUUAUCGGAGGUGACAUGAACAUUGAGAAUGACAUGAUGUCUGAAGAAAAGAAAUUGAAACGAAGGAAGUAG